ACCUGUUUGCCAUAACGCCUAAUUAACCUCACUAUGGUGACGUUGCUAAAGUUUUCUCUGGUUUUAUUCUCUUUGUGUGGAGUUUCCUUUACUGAAAAACGACCUUUACCGAACCGGAGAGGAGACGGACUGGAGGUCCAGUGUGGAGAAACCAAAGUGAGAAUAACAGUGAAGCGUGGGUUUUUCGAAGAGAGACACAUUCCGUUCAGAGAGGAGUUUCUUCGCCUUGGAGCGAAUUCAGCGCUGAAGAGCUCCUGCGGACCAGAGAGGAUGGUUUCUGAAGCGGAGAUGGUUAUUUCAGCCAGACUGCAGGACUGUGGGACUGAGUCCAGGGUUCAUGGUGACUGGCUCGUGUACUCCAACAAGCUGUUGGUGUCUCCAGCUGUGCUUGUAACCUCAACAGGAAGUGUGAUAGUUCGAGGGCAAACCAUAGUCAUACCUGUAGAGUGCCAUUAUAAAAGAAAGCAGACCGUCAAGGGAGAACCAUUAGCUCCUACCUGGGUUCCAAUGACUUCUACUCUCAAUGCUUUCGGCCUUCUGCGCUUUUCCCUUUCCGUUAUGACAGAGAGCUGUAUGUCUGAACGCAGUUCCUCAGAGUAUCAGCAGGGGGAAGCCGUGUUUCUGGAGGCCAGCGUAGAGGCGCCACUGCAUCCUUCCCUUAGGCUCUAUGUCGACUCUUGUGUUGCUACACUGAAGCCAGACCUGCUCUCAUGGCCGCGGUACAAGUUUAUCUCCAACCACGGAUGCAUGAUGGACAGCGUACUCCCAGGCUCUUCCUCCAGAUACCUGCCUCGAAAGCAAAUUAGCAAACUCUGUUUUAGCUUCAAAACCUUUCGUUUCAACCUAACAUCUGCAGACAAGGUGUUCAUAAGCUGCCAUCUUACAGCCACAGUCAAACAAAAGUCUCCGAGCCUCCAUAACAAAGCCUGUUUCUUCGAUAGUACAACAUUCAGAUGGUGGUCGAUAGAGGGCAACAGCGCUCUGUGUGAAUGCUGUAGCUCUGACUGUUCAGGACUGAAUGGAAAGAUGAAGCAGGGCCAGCCAGAGACAGGUGAUGCAUUCGAGGCUCACAGGACAGCUGGACCUCUUGACAUUGUGAAUGACAUCCAAUGGACAGGGCAGUUAUCAGUCAGUUAAAAUGACGCUUCAGAGCUUGGUUAGUUUGGGUAAGACUUAAUUACUAAAGUUUACCUUUUUUUUAAAACACUCAUCUUUCUUCAGAAGACUUAAAUUAGUUAAAAUGCUGAAUCACCUACAAUAUCUACCUGUGGAAUUUCUUUUUUUUUAUCUCUAAAAGCCUGUAAAGCUGCAUUUUUUUUCUCUUCCCCACAAUCAGAGGAUAGCCUGACCCACACACUAAUAAUAAACUACUGAAUUAUUUAUCAACAAGUUUGAAUAAUCUUGUAUAAGAUAAAAUUAUAAUUUGUUUGGUGUUGUUUUAGUUGUUUAAUAAUUAUUUGAGCCUUAAAUGAUUGUGUAAGUUUGUUCCCUUUAAAAAUAAAUGAACAGCUUCA